AUGGCUCGGCUCGGAGGCGUGCGGUGGCGGCGCCUCCUCUUGCACCUUUCCCAGUCCGUCCAGUGCGCUGCGCCAAGGCCCGGCAGAGUUGCUGCUCUGUACAGCACUGCAGUGACCUCAGGUAAAAUCGAAGUGAAUGGUGUCCACCUGCACUAUCAGCAGACAGGAGAUGGGAAUCAUGCCGUUCUGCUACUUCCUGGAAUGUUAGGAAGUGGCCAGACUGAUUUUGGGCCACAGUUGAAGUCUAUGAACAAACACCUCUUCACAGUCGUAGCCUGGGACCCUCGGGGAUAUGGAAAAUCUAUCCCCCCAGUUCGAGAUUUUCCUCCUGAUUUUUUUGAAAGAGAUGCAAAGGAUGCUGUUGACUUGAUGCAGGCACUGAAGUUUCAGAAGUUCUCCCUAUUAGGAUGGAGUGAUGGUGGAAUAACAGCACUCAUCGCUGCAGCAAAGUAUCCACAUCUUAUCCACAAGAUGGUGGUUUGGGGAGCCAAUGCCAGUGUUACGGCAGAGGAUGUGAAACUUUACAGCGCUAUCCGGGAUGUUUCCAAAUGGAGUGAAAAAGCCAGAAAACCAAUGGAAGAAAUGUAUGGAUAUGAAUACUUUUCGAGAACCUGUGAAGCCUGGGUGGAUGGAAUCUCUCAACUUAUGCACAACCCAAAUGGUAGUAUCUGUCAAACUUUACUGCCUUAUAUUAAGUGCCCAACAUUAAUAAUCCAUGGAGAGAAAGACCCUCUGGUGCCACGCUUUCACCCUGAGUACCUACACAAGCAUAUCAAAGAGUCACAGUUGCAUUUUAUGCCUGAAGGAAAACAUAAUCUACACCUACGUUUUGCUGAGGAAUUUAACAGACUGGUAGAAAGAUUUCUUCUGUAGGAUGCUUGCUUACUGUUUAGGCAUAAGCCUACCUUUAUUCCUAGUAAGAGUGCCCAUAUGACUCAUACCUAGGGGUUGCCAGUUGCGUGUUGGGAAAUACCUGGAGUUUUUGGGGGGUGGAGCCUCG